AUGGAGGACGACCGUCGACACAUCUUGAACUGCAUCGCUGGACGUGCUUUGGACGAGGAGCCGCUGGCGGAGGAUCCCAGUUACCACAGGGUGAAUCAAACCCUGCGCGGCAUCUUUGCAGUGUCAGGUUGGCGUCAAGCUGUGGAGCGUGACAUUGUGGAGGCCCUCCAGCUGCCAGAGAUCUUGGGCGCCGCUCAACGGGAAGAGCUGGUCUUGGACUUCACAGGCUCCGUGGCGUUGCAGGACGCCUGCGCCGUUGCCAUCGGCCGCUGCCUGGCGUCCAGCGCCUUGAGCGCCGCGCUGCGUCGCCUGGAGGUGAGCUGCCGCUGGUGUCCGGAGAUCAGCCACGAGUUUUUGAUCACCUUGGCACCGGCCUUGCCACAGAAACUCCAAGCGUUGAUUCUCCGCUUCGGUUUCGCUGCCAAGAAAGUGGACGAGGAAGGAAUUGAAGCUUUGGCCAAAGCCAUUCCGAGAAGCCUCACGGAACUUUUCCUGGACUUCGCAGAUGGCACGCGCUUGGGCGAUGUCGGUUUGAAGGCCAUUGCGGAGGCAUUGCCGCCCAAGUUGGAACACUUGACGCUGGGCCUAGCUGGCUGGGUGAAGUUAAGUGACCGGGGCCUCUGGAAUUUGCAGCACCAUCUGCCCAAGACCUUGAUUUCUUUGAAGUUGGACUGUUUCAUCAUGAGCUUACAGACAAAGCUAGGCGAUCCAGGCUUAGCUUCCCUAGCCUCCAAACUCAGUCAGCUCGAACAGUUGCAGCAGUUGGACUUGUCCUUCAAAAGCGUCCGCCAUGUAGGAGACGGUGGGCUCAGUGCUUUAGCUGCUGCCUUGCCCAAGGGCUUGAAAACCUUGCGUCUGGUGCUGGACAACUGCGCCGCCCUGACGGAUGCGGGUCUCAGCGCACUGGGGGAAGCGCUUCCUGCAGGUUUGGAAAAACUGCAGCUCUUCUGCAACGACUGUGAGUUGUUGGGUGAUGGAACAUUGGCAGCAGUUGGUGGUGCUGAAUUGCCUUGCUUGCAGCAUUUAGAACUCUCCAUGAGUGGAGCCAACUUUACGGACGCGGGCCUAGCAGCCUUGAAACUCAAAGACUCAUUGAGGCUGCUGAGUUUGUCCCUGAGCGGAGCCCAGUUGCGCGGGCCAGGGCUCUGCACCUUGGCACGGCGGAUGCCAAAGGAGGUGAAAGCCCUGCACUUAUGCUUCAGCAACUGUGGGAUUUUGGAGGAUUUGGGAUUGAGGGCUCUUGGAGAUGCUUUACCCCAGCUGAACAGUUUGACCAUGAGCCUGGACAACUGCGAGCAGUUGACGGAUCACGGUUUGGCAGGCACCGAACUCCGUCACUGGAGGUCUUGA